AUGAGCUAUAUCAUCUGCUCUGCACUGUGUCUUCACUUCUCGUUCUCUCCUGGCAGAUAUUUCUGUAAAAACCCAACUGAGGAAAUGGACCUCAGUUGUUCCUCAGUAAAAGUUCUGCUGUUCCUUAUGAAUGGUUUUCAUCAGAUGUCAGCAGACACACAUUCAUUGCAGUACUGCUAUACUGGAGUCACACCAGCUAUACAUAUCCCAGAGUUCACUGCUGUUGGUCUGGUGGAUGGAGAACUGUCUGAGUACUAUGAUAGCAACAUCCGGAGCAUUAUACCAAAGACAGAGUGGAUAAAAAAGGUUGAUGCUGAUCAUCCAUAUUACUGGUCCACAGAGACCGAGGUAUGGCAGGAUGAAGAGGAGUGGCUUAAACAUGAUGUGGUUACAGCAAUGAAUCACUUUAAUCAGACUGAAGGAGUUCACACUGUGCAGCUGAUGUUUGGCUGUGAGAUUGAUGAUGACGGCACCACCAGAGUAUUCAGCCAUUUUGGUUAUGAUGGAGAAGAUUUCAUCAGUCUGGAUCUGAAAACUAAAACCUGGACUGCAGCCAGCAUUAAAACUCUGAUCACUAAAAAAAAGUGGAAUCCUACAGGGCAUAAAGCUAAAGGCUGUACAUUAUACUUGGAGAACGAGUGUAUUGAUUGGUUAAAGAAGUUUGUAUCUUAUCGCAGAGACACUCUGGAGAGGAAAGUUUGUCCUACAGCGUCAGUGUUCCAGAAACACUCGCCUUCUCCAGAGUUGGUGUGUCACGCUACAGGUUUCUUCCCCAAAGCAGUGAACAUCACCUGGAGGAAGGACGGAGAGGACGUGCAUGAGGAUGUGGAGCUCAGAGAGACGUUACCCAACCAGGACAGAAGCUUCCAGAAGAGAAGCAUUCUGAAAGUCCCAGCUGAAGAGCUGCAGAAACACACCUACACCUGUGUGAUUCAGCACAGCAGCUUGGAGAAGGAGAUAGUGCUAGAAGUACCAAAAGGUGGAGGAUCGAUGGCUAUCAUCAUUGGUGUAGUCGUGGCUCUCAUUGUUCUCGUUGCCGUUGUUGCUGGAAUUAUGGUCUGGAAGAAGAAGAACUCUGGCUUCAAACGUGCUCCAGCCUCUGAAGAGUCUUCCUCACCCAACUCUUAAAGCGUGACUGUGUGUCUUCCUGCUGAAGUGAGAGAGAGACACCAGGAGAUGGAGAUGAUAACCACACACACACACACACACACACACACACACACACACACAC